UCCACCUUCUCUUGACCUUCUAGGUUCAAAGCAUCUUACGACACAAGCAACAGACACAGACACAGCCACAAUGUCCUCACUCCUCCCCAUCCAGCGCCGCUCCGCCGCGCUCCUCACUCGCGCCGUCAAGCAAGCCCCCAACGCCCGGCGCUCCAUCCUUACCGGCGCAACCCGCCAACUCCCAACCCGGCCCUGCAGCAGCACUAUACUCCGACUCGUCCCUCAAUCUCCAUCCCAGCCUCAAUAUCAACCCCAAUCCCGGCAUCAGCAGCAGCAGCAGCUCCGACGCAACAGCACCAACUCCCCGGGACAAGGAUUCAAACAAUGGGGCUUUGAAGAGAUAACAACCGCCCUCCCAACCACAAACCCCUCCUCGCCCCAAAAACCCCUCAUCCUAAUCGACGUCCGCGAACCCGCCGAACUCACCGCCACGGGGGUCAUCCCGACGGCCGUCAACGUCCCGCUCGCCUCCCAGCCGGACGCCCUCUUCCUGACGCCCGAGGAGUUCGAGACGCGGUUCGGGUUCCCCAAGCCGGGUGUGGAGGAGGGGUCCUUGGCCGUGACGGACACUGCCGGCGCGGCGGCGCCGGAGAUCGUGUUCUACUGCAAGGCCGGGGUGCGUGCGCGGGCGGCGGCGCAGUUGGCCGUGCAGGCGGGGUACGAUGCGGCGCGGGUUGGGGUGUAUGAGGGGAGUUGGUUGGAUUGGGCGGAUCGCGGGGGGAAGGUGGAGAGGUGGGAGCGGGAUGAUUAGUUUCUUUCUUUCUUUUUGGG